GCACGCGUUGGCUUUGUCGUGUUGAUUUUUGAGCUUCUACUUUGAUCAGUAGUUUGAGUUUUCAGUUGAUCUGAUUUUUUUUCUUUCCUUGUCACACUCGCUGCUCCCUCAUCACUUGCUGGCUGGCUGGUCUAUGGAUUGUGUUGAACCGCGUUUUGUUAUCUUCUGCGUUGCGUUGCCUUGGUUUAUUGUCGCUCACACGCUCGCUUCCAUCCUGUUUGUGUUUGGAUUCGGUUUUCCGGCCCCCUUUUUUUUUUAUUUGGACGCGUCGGUUUUGUUUCUUGGGCGUUGGUGUUGGCGUCGGUGUUGGUGUUGGUGUUGUUGGCUGGUGUCAAGCCCCUACCUUCUUUUGUGCCUUCUUGAUGAAGUUGCUUUCCUCGGCUUUCGGCGUCUUAUUUCCCCCUGUUUCUGUUCUUAUUUACUUUCUUUUCCUUUGUUUCCCCUUCCUCCUCCUCUUUUCCUAUUCUUCACUUUUUAUCUCUUUUCCUCUCUUCUCUUCUUCUCUUCUUUACGAAGACCUUCUUCUUCCCUCUUUACGGCCACAGCUAGCAUUGAUGACUGUCUGAUGAGAUGAUGUUUGUUUGUUUGUUUGUUUGUUAGUUAGUUAGUUACGUUAUUCUGAAUUUGUAGUGUUUUUUUUCUUA